UUUUAUUUCGAUGGCAACGUUAUGCGACAAAUAAUGGUUAAAUCUAUAAAUAUUUUGUUACUCAACCAGCUAAAACUUUCGAUAUUGCCAUCAUGUGUUCUUCAGUCGAGCUGGGGCACUCACUGCAAGCACUCGCUCAGAGCCACGCUCAUGCGCAUUGACGGCUGCCUGGGCAAUUUGUCAGUACUCGUGGGAGAAUUUGGAUAUCACCAUUUUUAAUAUGGAUGAGUCUACAAACAUCACAAAUUCAGUAACCCCUGAUUUUGAUGUGUAUGGUGCCAUGGACUGGAGUGAGGGUGUCGGGACCUUACCUGGGAGUGAGCUUAAGUUUAAGGUGAAUGAGUUUGGAGUCUUGGAGGUCCUAACAGAGGAGGGAGAUGAUGAGAGGGUGAAGAAGUCUCAUGCUACCACAACAUGGGCAGUGCCCACUGUUCAGGAGGCCCUCUCAGACAGUGCGUGUGUGGCAGUGAAAGAGGAGAGGCAGGAGGGUCAGUGGGCCCAGAGAGGCCUGGUGUGUGUGCGUUGCCAGAGGAAGGGCUCCCCCGUGGAUUUCCUGUCUGACUGCCUUCACUGCAGCGAGCGCUGUCUGCAGCAGGACCAGCAGGAUGAGCUGAAGCUGAAGAAAGAGGUGUCUAAGAGCAAUGGGGAGGUGGUGGGGGUCAGCUGUAAGAGGCCUCUGCAGCAGUACAAGGAGCGCCUAGCUGACAAGAUGGACACCACAGAGGUCCUGCCUGAGGACCAUGAUGAGGACUAUGAGGAGAAAGACAGCAAGAAGAUGACGCGUGGAGCUCCGCGAGGCAGGAGGAAGCGGAGGGGGGAUGCAGCCCUGCUGAGACACACUGUUCCAUAUGGAGGGAAGAAGAAGUCUUGGUGUUGGGCCUCCUAUCUGGAGCAGGACAAAGCCAUCGCUGCCCCCACUAAACUGUUCAAAGAGCACCAGGCCUUCCCCCAGAAUAAGAAUGGAUUCCGGGUGGGGAUGAGGCUGGAGGGUGUGGACCCAGAACAUCCCUCCAUGUACUGUGUGCUCACUGUAGCUGAGGUUUCAGGACACCGAAUACGGCUUCACUUUGACAAGAACUUGGACUGCUAUGACUUCUGGGUGAAUUCCAACUCUGCAGACAUCCACCCUGUGGGAUGGUGUGAGAAAACGGGACACAAGCUGCACCCCCCCAAAGGUAUGAAGGAUGAGGAGUUCAGCUGGUCGUCAUACAUCAAACAGAGCAAAGCCCAGGCAGCUCCCAAGGCCCUGUUUGAGAAUCAGAACACGACUGUCACCCCUUUAGGAUUCAGAAUUGGGAUGAAGCUGGAGGCCAUUGACAAGAAGAACCCCUCCUUCAUCUGUGUUGCCACAGUAACAGACAUGGUGGACAGUCGAUUCCUGGUGCACUUUGAUAAUUGGGAUGAGAGCUAUGACUUCUGGUGUGAUGCAACCAGUCCCUACAUCCACGCAGUGGGCUGGUGUCAAGACAAUGACAGGAUUCUCACGACCCCUCCAGGUUACCCCAGUGUCAAGGAUUUCUCCUGGGGAAAGUAUCUGGAGGAGACCAACUCAUUACCGGCCCCUGCCAGGGCUUUCAAAGGGAAACCCCCUCACACCUUCUUGCCACUCAUGAAGCUGGAGACGGUGGACAAGAGGAACCCCAUGCUUGUCAGAGUGGCCACCGUGGUAGACACUGAGGACCACAGGAUCCAAAUCCAUUUUGACGGCUGGACGGAUAAGUAUGACUACUGGGUGGACACAGACAGCCCAGACAUCCACCCUGCGGGCUGGUGUGCUAAGACAGGCCACCCCCUCCAGCCCCCGAUCAGUCCACAGGAGCUGUUUGAGUCAUCAGGGCAGGGUGGAUGUCCCACCCCAGGGUGUAAAGGUGUGGGCCACAUCAAAGGAGCCCGCUACUCUGGCCACCACAGUGCGGUGGGAUGCCCAUACUCUGAUCUCAACAUCAACAAGGACUCAGUGCUGCCAGACCGUCUGAGUGGUGAGAUGCCAGGGUCAGGAGGACUGGGCCGACCCCGACGGGCAGAACCCAACCCAGAGAACCACCCAGCUCUAGCUCUCACUGCAGACAAGCACUUAAGCGCCAACACAAAUCACCUGGAAAAGCCUGGCAGGUGUGAGAUGGCUGGCAGCGGCAUGGCGAAACCCGCCGGCACAGAGCCCAAGAGGAGGGUUGGGCGGCCUUGCAAGCAGAAGAAGGUAGAGGAGCUGGUGGAGGACGAGGAGAUGAAGAGUGAGGUGUCAUGCAUAAUUGAAACCAAAGUAGAGCUGACACUACAGGAAGCCCUUCACCAGUCAGUGUUCAUGCCAUGCACCUCGCCAUCCCCCAGCAGCACUCCUUUCUGCUGGGACCAGCACAGCAAGCUGCUACCCACUGUGGCUGGCAUCACUUCAAGCAAAGUGGCUGUGUGGACAGUGGAGGAGGUGAUUGAGUUCAUCCAAGGUCUUCCAGGCUGUAACGAACACGUGCACACUUUCAGAGAUGAGCAAAUAGAUGGUGAAGCCUUCCUUCUGUUGACUCAGGUUGACCUAGUGAGGAUCAUGAGCAUCAAGCUGGGUCCAGCCAUAAAAAUCUACAACUCAAUCUUGAUGUUCAAGACGGCAGAGGAAUCGGCAUGUAAUGAGCUCUAACGAAGGUCGGAGGCCACUAUUUUUACCCUGAGCAGAGAAGAGCCAGAAGAAGAAGGUCUACAGAUAAGGAUGUGAAGCACAAAUAACCAUUCUUCCCAGAGGAAGCAAACUGAAUGCACAUGUGAAUUGCACAAGUUAUUUUUUUUAAGACAGCCAUAUUGCAUACUGCGAAUAUCCAAUGUGAUUGACUCAUUGGAGAAAUGUCAUUUUCAAUCAUCAGCUCUAUUAUGUGUAAUAUUAUUGUACAGUAAAGGCUCUUUUUAUAUUAGUGUUGGGGUGGUGCCACCAGGAUGCUCGUUCUACCUAAAAACUGGAAAUGUAGUGCAAAUGCGUAAGAUUUCCUUUAGUGCAUCACAAUCAGCAAUCUGACAUUUUCAUCAUGUAGAAAGUCCCAUCUGCACAGGGCUUUAGCUAUUCCGGUCUCUCUGGGAUGCUGAUGUCAUGCAGAUCAGAGAGAUUCUAACUGAGAAUGGAAGCUCAGUGAUUCCCCAGGUGAGUGGCACAGAGAAAUUAAUACAUUCAUUAGAAAGUCCUCAUGCUUUAAAAAAAUUCCUUGUUACUUCUGUCUGGCUGCUGGGGUGGUGGUGCUGGUGGUGAUGGAGGACAAGGCUGUAUAACUGAGAGGAGAGAGGGAUUUUUAUUAAUUCACCAAACCAACAGGAACCAUACUGUAAAACAAGCCAUCAGGCCCUGCAUUUAAUUUCCUUUUUGGUAAAUACACCCACCUAUUAUGCUUUAUGGAUAGCCAUAUACAGUACCUGUAUAAAGACCGACAUGGGUCACCCUGGUCUGGUUUCUCCUGUGUAUUGUACAGUCAUCUCCUCAUCAGUACUGUUCAGGCCCUAUGAAGCAGAGACAAGUGUCUGUUUACUUUAAGGUACUAACCCCAGGGAAGGGGUUGGGUUGAAUGAAUUCAAUCUAAAAGUCCAUAUAGACAAUGGUAUUUCUUUACGUGGACUGCUGUUCACUUGUUUAUUUACAGUGCAUUCGGGUGGUAUUCAGAGCCCUUGACUUUUUCACAUUAUGUUACGUUACAGCCUUAAUCUAAAAUUGAUGAUUGUGUGUAGAUUCCUCGUCAAUCUACACACAAUACCCCAUAAUGACAAAUUGAAAACAGGUUUUUACAAAUAUUUGCAAAUGUAUAAAAAAAUUAAAAACAGAUAUUUACAUAAGUAUUCAGACCCUUUACUAUGAGACUCAAAAUUGAGCUCAGGUGCAUCCUGUUUCCAUUUACUUUCCUUGAGAUGUUUCUACAACUUGAUUGGAGUCCACCUGUGGUAAAUUCAAUUGAUUGGACAUGAUAUGGAAAGGCACACGUCUGUCCAUAUAAGGUCCCACAGUUGACAGUGCAUGUCAGAGCAAAAAACCAAGCCAUGAGGUCGAAGGAAUUGUGUCUAGGAACAGAUCUGGGGAAGGUUACCAAAACAUUUAUGCAAAAUUGAAGUUCCCCAAGAACACAGUGGCCUCCAUUCUUAAAUGGAAGAAGUUUGGAACCACUAAGACUCUUCCUAGAGCUGGUCGCCUGGCCAAACUGAGCAAACGGGGAGAAGUGCCUUGGUCAGGGAUGUGACCAAGAAGCAGAUGGUCACUCUGAUAGAGCUCCAGAGAAGGGAGGACCUCCCAGAAAGACAACCAUCUCUGCAGCACUCCACCAAUCAGGCCUUUAUGGUAGAGUGGCCAAACGGAAACCACUUCUCAGUAAAAGACACAUGACAGCCCGCUUGGAGAUUGCCAGGAGGCACCUAAAGGACACUCAGACAAUGAGAAGCAAGCUUCUCUGGUCUGAUGAAACUAAGAUUGAACUCUUUGGCCUGAAUGCCAAGCAUCACAUUCUGCAGGAACCUGGCACCAUCCCUACGGUGAUGCAUGGUGGUGGCAGCAUCAGGCUGUGGGGAUGUUUUUCAGCGUCAGUGAAUGGGAGGCUAGUCAGGAUCAAGAGAAAGAUGAAAAGAGCAAAGUACAGAGAGAUCCUUGAUGAAAACCUGCUCCAGAGUGCUCAGGACCUCAGCCUGGGGCGAAUGUUCACCUUGCAACAGGACAACAAUCCUAAGCACACAGACAACGCAGGCGUGGCUUCGGGACAGGUCUCUGAAUGUCCUUGAGUGGCCCUGCCAGAGCCCGGACUUGAACACGAGACCUGAAAAUAACUAUGCAGUGAUGCUCCCCAUCCAAUCUGACAGCGCUUGAGAGGAUCUGCUGAGAAGAAUGUGAGAAACUCCCCAAAUACAGGUAGCGUUAUACCCAGUAAGACUGGCUGUCACUACCAAAGGUGCUUUAACAAAGUACUGAGUAAAGGGUCUGUACUUUGUAAAUGUAAUAUUUGACUUGUUGUUUUAUUAUACAUUUGCAAAAAUGUCUAAAAACCUGUUUUUGCUUUGUCAUUGUGGGGUAUUGUGCGUAGAUUUUUUAAAUUUAUUUUUAUUUAUUUCACCUUUACUUAACUUAUUAUGGCAACAUCCUCUGACAUCAUCCGCUGAAAAGGCAGACCGCAAAAUUCAAAAAUAUGUUUUUGAAUUAUUUAACUUUCAUACAUUGAUGAGUGCAAUACAACAAAUUAAAGCUGAACUUUUUGUUAAUCUAACAAUCAUGUCCGAUUUCAAAAAGGCUUUACAGCGAAAGCACACCAUAUGAUUAUGUUAGGUCAGAGCCUAGUUACAAAAACACAUACAGCCAUUUUCCAGCCAAAGAAAGGAGUCACAAAAAGCAGAAAUAGAGGUGAAAUUAAUCACUAACCUUUGAUGAUCUUCAUCAGAUGGCACUCAUAGGACUUCAUGUUACACUAUACAUGUGUGUUUUGUUCGAUAAAGUUCAUAUUUAUAUCCAAAAAUCUCAGUUUACAUUGGCAUGUUAUGUUCAGUAAUGUUGUGCCUCGAAAACAUCCAACGAAUUUGCAGGGAGCCACAUCAAUUUACAGAAAUACUCAUCAUAAACUUUGAUAAAAGAUACAAGUGUUAUGCAUGGAACUUUAGAUAAACUUCUCCUUAAUGCAACCGCUGUAUCAGAUUUCAAAAAAGCUUUACGGAAAAAGCAAACCAUGCAAUAAUCUUGAGUACAGCGCUCGGACACAAAAACAAGCCAUGCAGAUACCCACCAUGUUGUGGAGUCAGAAAUAGCGUUAUAAAUAUUCACUUACAUUUGAUGAUCUUCAUCAGAAUGCACUCCCAGGAAUCCCAGUUCCACAACAAAUGUUUGUUUUGUUCGAUAAAGUCCAUCAUUUAUGUCCAAAUACCUAUUUUUGUUAGCACGUUUAGUUCACAAAUACAAACUCACGAUGCGCAGGCAAGUCCAGGCGGAAGUUUAGACGAAAAGUUCAAAAAGUUAUAUUACAGUUCGUAGAAACAUUUCAAACGAUUGAUUCUAUACAUCUUUAGGAUGUUUUUAACAUAAAUCUUCAAUAAUGUUUCAACCGGAGAAUUCCUUUGUCUUUAGAAAUGUAAUGGAAUGCAACUACCUCUCACGAGUGCACGCGUGAUCGGCUCAUGGCCUUCUGCCAGACCUCUGGCUCAAUCAGCUCUCAUUCUCUCCUCCUUUACAGUAGAAGCCUCAAACAAGGUUCUACAGACUGUUGACAUCUAGUCUUAGGAAGUGCAAUAUGACCCCAUAGACACUGUAUAUUCGAAAGGCAAUGAGUUGAAAAACUACUAACCUCAGAUUUCCCACUUCCUGGUUGGAUUUUUCUCAGGUUUUCACCUGCUAUAUGAGUUCUGUUAUACUCACAGACAUCAUUCAAACAGUUUUAGAAACUUCAGACUUUGUUCCCUAUCCAAAUCUACUGAUGAUAUGCAUAUCUUAGCUUCUGGGCCUGAGUAGCAGGCAGUUUACUCUGGGAAUGCUUUUCAUCAGAACGUGAAAAUGCUGCCCCCUAUCCCAAACAGGUUUUAACCAGGUAGGCCAGUUGAGAACAAUUUCUCAUUUACAACUGCGACCUGGCCAAGAUAAAGCAAAGCAGUGCGACACAAACAACAACACAGAGUUACACAUGGAAUAAAGAAAUGUACAGUCAAUAACACAAUAGAAAAAAUCUAUAUACAGUGUGUGCAAAUGAGGUAAGAUGAGGGAGGUAAGGCAAUAAAUAGGCCGUUGUGGCGAAGUAAUUUAGCAAUUAACACUGGAGUGACAGGUGUGCAGAAGUUGAAUGUGCAAGUUGAUAUACUUGGGUGCAACAACAAAAAACAAUAUGGGGAUGAGGUAGUUGGAUGGGCUAUUUAUAGAUGGGCUAUGUACAGGUACAAUGAUCUUUGAGCUGCUCUGACAGCUAAUGCUUAAAUUUAGUGAGGGAGAUAUGAGUCUCCAGCUUCAGUGAUUUUUGCAAUUCGCUCCAGUCAUUGGCAGCAGAGAACUGGAAGGAAAGGCGGCCAAAGAAAGAAUUGGCUCUGGGGGUGACCAGUGAAAUAUACCUGCUGGAGCACGUGCUAUGGGUGGGUGCUGCUAUGGUGACCAGUGAGCUGAGAUAAGGUGGGGCUUUACCCAGCAAAGACUUAUAGAUUACCUUGAGCCAGUGGGUUUUGCAAUGAAUAUGAAGCGAGGGCCAGGCAACGAGAGCAUACAGGUCACAGUGGUGGGUAGUAUAUGGGGCUUUGGUGACAAAACAGAUGUCACUGUGAUAGACUGCAUCCAAUUUGCUGAGUAGGCUGUUGGAGGCUAAUUUAUAAGUGACCGGUAGGAUAGUCAGUUUUACGAGGGUAUGUUUGGCAGCAUGAGUGAAGGAUGCUUUGUCGCGAAAUAGGAAGCCGAUUCUAGAUUUAAUUUUGGAUUGGAGAUGCUUAAUGUGAGUCUGGAAGGAGAGUUUACAGUCUAACCAGACACCUAGGUGUUUGUAGUUGUCCACAUAUUCUAAGUCAGAACUGUAGUGAUGCUGGACGGGCGGGCAGGUGCGGCCAGCGAUCUGUUGAAGAGCAUACAUAUAGUUUUACUUGCAUUUAAGAGCAGUUGGAAGCCACGGAAGGAGAGUUGUAUGGCAUUGAAGCUCGUCUGGAAGUUAGUUAACACAGUAUUCAAAGAAGGGCCAGAAGUAUACAGAAUGGUGUCGCCUGCGUAGAGGUGGAUCAGAGAAUCACCAGCAGCAAGAGCAACAUCAUUGAUGUACACAGAGAAAAGAGUGGGCCCGAGAAUUAUAUAUAUUUAAAAAAUUUACCCCGUUUUCUCCCCAAUUUCGUGGUAUCCAAUUGUUUAGUAGCUACUAUCUUGUCUCAUCGCUACAACUCCCGUAAGGGCUCGGGAGAGACGAAGGUUGAAAGUCAUGUGUCCAUCGAUACACAACCCAACCAAGCCGCACUGCUUCUUAACACAGCGUGCAUCCAACCCGGAAGCCAGCCGCACCAAUGUGUCGGAGGAAACACCGUGCACCUGGCAACCUUGGUUAGCGCACACUGCGCCAACCUUGGUUAGCGCACACUGCGCCCGGCCUGCCACAGGAGUCACUGGUGCGCGAUGAGACAAGGAUAAUAAUGCUCAAUAAUGCUCAUGCGCGUGACGAGGAAAGGCAGGUGUGAGUGAUGGAUGGCAGGAGUGAGUGAUACAAGGCAAUCUGGCGCUCUCAAGCUCCAGGGGAAGGGAAGAGCGGGAGCAGACGUGACAGUCCAGGCACAGCUGGGGCUGAAGCGGCAACGGUGAGAGACUUGUUUCUGGAAAGGUGGAUUUUUAGAAGUAGAAGCUUGAAUUCUUUGGGCACAGACCUGGAGAGUAUGACAGAAUUCUGCAGGCUAUCUCUGCAGUAGAAUGCAACUCCACCCCCUUUAGCAGUUGUAGUGUCCUUCCUAAGUCAUGAUGGAUCGGCGGGGCUCCGUGUCGAUAAAGGGUCCAGGCCAAUUGGCAAGAGAAGUGUUGUAGUUGGUGUACUUAGUUUGCUAUCGUGGAGACAGGCCUAGCUCGGGGCAAACUGGCGCAUGCUUCUGGACAAGGACGUUAGCCACAAUAGCUCCAGAGCUUGCGGCAGGAAUCUGGUGAUGUAGUUGAUAAGAGCAGUCCGAUAUGAUCAGGGCUGGUAUCACGCUGGGCUGGUAUUAUCCAGGCUAUCCAGGCUAAAACGGCAGGAGUCCGAGCUAGAGGUAAAGACCGUUAGCAGAGGCUAACAAUGACUAAAUAGCUAGUAGCUAAUUAGCUGGCUAGCCUGUGAUGGCGGUUCUAGUUAUAAGAUCUAAGAAAAUAGCUGAUCCGUACUACAUUGGGUGAGGCGGGUUGCAGGAAUGUAUUUAUUUCGAAAAUGGACAAAAGAGAUUGAAAUGUAUACAAAAAAACUGAAAAAUACAAUAUUUACAUGGGAGGAAAAACAAACACAUCUUACUGUUGUGCCACCUUGGAUUUGUUGUUGAUGAAGGGGAAAAAACUUAUCCAUUAUAGAAAAGGGCUGUAACGUAACAAAAUGUGGAAAAAGAAUAAUUUCCGAAUGCACUGAGAACUUGCAUUUAAAGCAAUCACUAAAUAUAAUUGAAUGGAUACAUUGCUGAUCUUCUCAAAGAGCAUACUUAGUGCCCUUGAAAAAAGUUGACUGUAAUAUGCUAUUUCUAUUUUCAAUGGGCUUUACUGAAGCCUAAAGAGAAAAUGUUUUGCUUUUAUUGAUUUAAUAAUGCUUUUUCUUUCUUGUCACACCAGUGAGUGAGACUGAUGUGUAUAGAAUUAUGCAAUGCAAUGUAAAUGGGAAAAAAGCUUGCCAUUUUUGCUGUGUAAUAAUGCUAAAACCUUUAUUCCACCUGUAUUGAUUCACAAAUAAAUACAAUGAGAAGUACA